AUGGUCGAUCAAUCCGAUACUGGAAGGCCCUCAGAUGUCAAACUCCGUAUAGCACAGAGAAAAGCCGAAAAAGUCAAAGAAUUACAAGCCAAGGCAUUGGAAGAAGCUAAAGUACUCAACGAGUUGAAGGUAUUGCAAGAUGCCAAUGCGGUCGCAUCCAUAUCGCCAGCUAUGGUACCGCCUCUUCGGGAAGAGAAGCCCAUCACACCCGAGGAAGAGAAGGAUAUUACAAUUAAAAAUGUAAAGGCAAAAACCGACUUUGAUUCAGAUAAUGAAACAACCUUGACCAAUACAGAUUCUAUUCCUCCGCCCCAAAAGCCAACCAUCGAGUUUGAUAGUCAAAAUCGUACUUCAUCCAAUCCCAAGCCUCUGAGAAGAGAGUCUCCAGUCUCAAAGUCAUCGAUUAUACUCAUCUCAAUUGAUCCUGACAAGCGACGAUUCUUUCAACCCUUGGCAGACGCUAUCACAUCGUCUAGUGCUGAUCAACUUGGCAAAAUAUUGUUGCGUUUGUGUGUCAAGUAUCCAGAUGCUAGAGCUGUGGUCGAAUCUUUUCUUGCAGAUACCAGUGAUGAAGAUAUCAUCUACAAUCCGCCCGUCGCGCCUCAAUUAAUCCGCAAGACUUCGAACUCCAAGAUCAACCAACCCCCACAAAGCUUACCUUUCAUCAACAGAGUCACAAAGGAUUCGUUACCGCCAGCUCCAAAAGAGAAGGGAGAAGUGGAAGAGGAGCCAAGACCAUCUACAAAUCUGAAGUCUGCCAAGAAAGAUUCCCAAUUACCAUCAAGCCGAUUUCCUGUUGCGAAAUUUGCUAGAAAGGAUCCAGAACAACCACAACCACCACCAAAAAACAUCUCUGCUCAGACUACAGUGGCCAGCGAAAAGCGCAAAUGGGAGGAGUCUGUAGAUACUUCAAUUGUCACUCAGUCACUGAAGAAAUCAAAACCUUCUGCAGAUGACAAUUCGAAAGAUAAACAGAUACAACUAUUACCGGAGAAGAGGUUCGUCAUUCCUAAAUGGUCAAAGAUAGAUGCUUCGUCAAAGUGGCAUGAAUAUACACCUCCAACUCCCAAGAUGUCGUCAUACCCCCCGAGCACACUCGAAGGUACAAAAAUCAAGAGCACACUCCAAAGUUCGAAAUCCAAGGCAGUAAACCCUUUGCUAUCACUAUUUAAUUCCGACGAAUCCGAAGGAGAAUCACCCUCAGGUAAAUAUCUUUGCACAGUCAAUUCUUGUCGCAAAGUUUUUACUGCGCAAAGUAAUUUGGGUCGACAUAUGAAAGCUGUACAUGAAUCAAAAGGGAAACCAUUCGGAUGUUCUCUUUGCACAAAGCAGUUUACUCGUCGGGACUAUGUUCACAAACAUCUGGAAACUUCUCACACUUCGGCUGGAUUGAAAUGCGAUGCUUGUGGACUUACCUAUCGAGAUGCGGAAACUUUGAAUGCGCAUAUGAGAUCGGGACAUGGUGUAAAACUUGUUGAGGAAAGGAGCAAGGAAUUGUCAUCGGUGCCAAAUACUAUUAAGAAGGUCAGUUUUCAGGAUGAGUCCAGGAAACCUUGA